GGCCGUGCUGAGGAUUGGAUUCGGACAGAGAUCUUGCCAUCCUGGCUUAACGGUCUCCCCAGCUCCAGCCUUUGUCGCAGCCAUGGCCUUGAGGCCAGCUGAGUGGGGGGAUGAAGACGGAGACAAGGAAAUCUACUUCUUCUUUAUGGAGACUUCUCAAGCCUUUGACUCAGACGAGCACCUUAAAGUUCCUCGGGUGGCCCGUGUGUGUGCGGGGGACCUUGGGGGCCGGAGGACGCUCCAGAAGAGGUGGACGACCUUUCUGAAGGCUGACCUGCGGUGUCCAGGGCCUGUAGAUGGCCGGGCCUCUAGUGUCCUGCAAGACAUGUCUAUUCUUCGACCUGAGACUGGAGUGGGGGCCCCCAUCUUUUAUGGCAUCUUUUCCUCCCAGUGGGAGGGUGCUGCCAUCUCAGCUGUCUGUGCCUUCCGACCACAAGACAUUCGUACAGUGCUGAAUGGUCCCUUCAGAGAGCUGAAAAAUGACUGCAAAAGGGGACAGGCUGUCAUGGACAGUGAUGUACCCCAGCCCAGACCUGGAGAGUGCAUUGCUAAUAAUCCGAAAUACCAGCAGUUUAACUCAUCACUCUCCCUGCCUGACCGUGUGCUCACCUUCAUCCGGGAUCACCCCCUCAUGUACAGGCCAGUGCUUCCAGUUGAUGGCCACCCCUUGCUGGUCACUACAGAUACAGUCUAUCUCAGAGUUGUGGCCCACAGGGUGGCCAGCCUCUCAGGGCAAGACUAUGAUGGGGGACAGAGCUGGCUCCUGGUUGGCUCCCGUACUGAGGUGACACAAGUGAACACAACCAACUGUGGACGUCUCCAGAGCUGCUCAGAGUGCAUCCUGGCCCAAGACCCUGUCUGUGCCUGGAGCUUCCGACUACAAGCGUGUGUGGCCCAUGCUAGUAAGCAUGGAGG